AUGGAUCCGAAAUACCAGGUGCCAUGUCCUGCAGAAAUCACGGCCCAGGCCAAUGAAGCUUGCACACGCUUUAAACAGGAGGAGCACGACAAAGACUAUCAGAAGUCUGUAGUGGCUGUCACAAACCAGCUACGAGAUGUAGAGGGUUCUGACAUGAGCAACACCAUGAAAACCCAAAUCCGACAGUGGUUCAUUGAAUGCCGUAAUGCUACAGGAUCAUUUCCAGACUACCCAGAUGAAGAGGACGGAGGCUCGGCCUUCAUUUUUGCUGAAAAGAACCCUCAGCAGUUAAUGGAGGAAAUCGCUGCAAAGGAAGAGGAGGAAGCCAACAACAAACCAAAAGGGAAGGAAGAGAAGAAGGAAAAGGGGAAAAAGGACAAGGGCAAGGGUGAUGAGGAAGAGGAGGAGGCAGGGCUGAAGAUGCUGCCAUCGGCUUUUCUGUCAGACUUGGAAGUGCAAAACAAAAACUUUGCAGAUUUUUGGCAAAACCGCGAUGAGUCCAGAAACUUCAACCAGAGACACGAGGUGGAGCUGAUCAAGGAGGAAAAGAGGAAAGUCAUUGAGGCAGAGAUUCGACUACAGGUAGAUGAGCAGAUGAGACAAGAGCUGGCUGAAUUGAAGCUCACUGUGGAUAAAGACAAGGGUGGUAAAACUAAAGGAAAUGCCAAGAAAAAGAAAGGAUCAAAGAGCGGGAAGAAGAAAAAGAAGGAGAAAGAUUUGACAUCUGAUAGGACUCUUGAGUCUCUGUGUCAGGAGCUGGUGGAGCAGGGCUUGUUGAAGCAGGCAAAUGAAGUUAGGCUGCAGGAUUUCCUGGGUGACUACAGCUACCUUGGGACAACUCUGAGGCAAAACGACAUUGAGCCCAUGCCAUCAUUGUCAGACGUGCGGCAGGUCUUAUCUCUGUAUGCAGUUUUACCAUUAGGCUCUCAGGUGGUGCAUGAGAAGGCUCCUCUGAUAAAGGCCAUCCUACUGGCAGGGCCGGCAGGUGUAGGCAAGAAGAUGUUGGUCCAUGCAAUCUGCCAUGAGACAGGCGCCAACCUGUUUGAUCUGUCUCCCCUGACCACGGCAGGAAAGUACCCAGGCAAGAGUGGCCUUGCCAUGAUGCUUCACAUGGUGUUUAAGGUUGCAAGAUUGCUGCAACCUUCGGUAAUAUGGAUUGAAGACGCAGAAAAAAUGUUCUACAAGAAAGUUCCCAAGGAAGAAAAAGAGUUAGAUCCCAAACGCUUGAAGAAAGACCUGCCCAAGUCUCUCAAGUUGAUCAAAGGGGAGGAUCGUGUUCUGAUAAUAGGAACAACUAAAGACCCACUAAGUGCCGACAUCAAGUCACUGUGUAAAAUGUACAGCAAAAUUAUCCUCAUCCCAAGACCUGACUACGGCUCAAGAUACAUUUUGUGGAAGCAACUGAUCAACAAGCAGGGAGGUGAUGUAACUAGGGCACUGGACCUCAGCUCUCUUGCAAAGAUUUCUGAUGGCUACACACCAGGUCACCUGGUCAGGGUCGUCCAGAGUGUUGUCACCAAGCGUCGCAUCCUACUGCAGGCAAACAGACCACUGACUGCUGCUGAGUUUGUUGCUCCAUUAGCCAAGAUUGACCCCAUCUUUCAGGAAGAAGAAGAGGCCCUUAAAAACUGGUAUGCAAAGACCCCCCUGGGAAAGAAGAGAAUUAAAGCUGCCACAGGAAAAGAUGAAGAAGUGGCACCGGUUAAAGGCAAAAGUGCAAAGAAAAAAAAGAAAAAAUAAGCCUGUCGUCAUGUUUUUAUCACAACUGAAUGUAGACGUUUAUUGAAGCGUGAAUGUGAGUUGCCGUCUGAUAACAAAA